AUGCCGUGGACUAGCAUGAACAGAAUUUACGCGAAACCAUCCAACACAAGCGGGGCUGACGUUGCAUCGAGUGCAGCUGCCGUCGGCGUUCGCUCAGCAUCCACAGCCACGGCGGACACCGGCGGCCGUUUCGAGCUCAGCGACCACGGCUACGGCAAAAGCUGCGUAAAGCUACUACACGUUUACCGCGAUGGGGACUAUCACGCCAUCCGCGAAUACGACGUGUCCACGGACUUGAAGCUCACCAGCGAAUCACCGUAUGUCGUUGGGGACAAUAAAGACGUGGUCGCCACCGACUCUCAGAAGAAUACCGUUUACUUGCUAGCCAAAAAGCACGGCAUCAAAACCCCUGAAGAAUUCGGCGCUGUCGUAGUGAACCAUUUCCUAUACACUUAUAAGCAGGUCAGCGAGGCCAAGUGCCGUGUGGUGGAAUAUCCUUGGGAAAGGCUGCAAGCCGGAGCCCCCCACAACCACGCAUUUGUUUUCUCGCCAACAGCUACAAGAUGGUGCGAAGUAUCUCAAGUUAGACAUGAUGCAGUUAUAGUGAAAUCCGGGUUGAGUGGUUUACGAGUUCUGAAGACGACCCAGUCAGCUUUCGUCGACUUCGUUCAAGACGAAUAUACUACGCUUGCGGACGCUGCUGAACGGAUUUUCAGCACCGUGGUAGAAGCCGAGUGGACGUAUGAAAGCAUGCGAACCGCGGACUUUGACAACGCUUGGCUGACGGUCAAAGACGCGAUUCUGGACAAAUUCGCGGGACCCCCAGACACCGGCGUCUACUCGCCAUCAGUUCAGCAUACAUUGUACCAAGCUGAGAAAACGGUUCUAGAAAAGGUUUCAGAGAUUUCCUGGAUCAAAAUGACAAUGCCAAACAAACAUUACCUGAAUAUAGAUAUGUCGAAAUUUCCCGCCAACGUGACGAAAGGUGACCCCAGACAUCACAUUUACCAACCUAUCGACAAACCAGCUGGACUCAUUUACGCACAGCUACGCCGUAGACCCAAAAGUCACCUG